UGCAGCCAGUCACGUUGCUAGGCGAUGGAGUGACCCCCCCAAAGCCUGGCGCCAAAACCAAACCAAAACAACUCUAGCUCUCAAUUAAGCCACGUGUUCAACUGAUAAAUAAAUAAAAUAAAAACCUGCUUAACAGUAACCAUAACCAACCCACCGACUGAAUGUCAGGGAACGGGUUAAUAUCCAGCAUCCGGCGGCUAAUAAGCCCCGAAGAGCGGCUCACGAGUCGACUUCCGAGUCCGUUCGAUCAACUUCGCCUGCAGAUGAAUGAUGUCCUGGGAGAUGGAGGGAUCCUGAAAGAGGUGGUCCAGUCUGGAGAGGGCCCACCUGUACCUGACAAUGCUUCAGUAUUGAUCCAUUACUCGGGAUUCCUGGAAUAUUCUGACCGGCCUUUUGAAACCACCACGCACCUCAAGUACCCCCGGAUGAUGAAGUUAGGGAGAGAUGUGACGCUGGCCGGACUGGAGCUGGGUCUGCUGACCAUGCGGAAAGGAGAGUUCUCUCGUUUCCUCUUCCAGCCCCAGUACGCCUACGGGGACAUGGGUUGUCCUCCGCUCAUCCCCGCUGCUGCUGUGGUCCUGUACGAGGUUCAGAUCCUGGACUUCCUCGACUCGGGACAAGUGGACAACUUCGUCACAAUGAGUCCGGAAGAGCAGAACACAGUUCCUCUUUCAACGCUCCUGGAAGUUGUCAGCACACUACGCAGCUUUGGAAACCGUUGCUUCAGCCAAAGCCGCUACGACAAUGCCAAAGAUCGCUAUAAACAGGCAACGCUGCUGCUUGGAAACAGGGAAACACAGAGCAAUGCAGAGACAGAGAGGAUCAAGACGGCACUGCUUCCUCUUUAUCUGAACCUUUCUCUCGCUGAGCUCCGUCUGGACAGCCCACAUAAAGCCCUGAAGUAUGGCAACAAAGCCUUGGAGAUAGACUCCGCCAACACAAAGGCUCUUUUCCGCUGCGGUCAGGCGUAUCUGGAGCUGCACGAGUACGAGAGCGCUCAGGAUUGCCUCAUAACGGCUCAAGCAAAGAAGCCAUUUGACAGUGACAUCAACAACCUACUGAGGAAAGUGGCAAUAUGCUAUAAGGACAGCCUGGACAAACAGAAAGACUUGUACUCCAAGAUGUUCAGAGACUUGACGGGCAAGUGAAGAUGUAAAGAUGAGUGAAAAGAUGACAGGCUAAAGAACAGCUCAAUAUCUCUCCAGUAUAGCAAAUUCUGAAAGUUAAACUUUUUUUUUUUUUGUAUAUGUUAUAAAAGGGAAAAUGUUGUACCGAUGCAUCGUUAUUUUCCUUGUAAAAUAAUUUAAGUUCUUUAAAAUUCUUGUUUGUUAACAAUGUAGCUCAACAGUUCUGUUGGAGGAUAUGCUUUGCGGUAUUCGUUUUUCGCCUUGAAUACCUAAAUAUGUCGGCUGGAAGAAGAUUUGCAUGAUCAGUCACUGGGAAUCUAGAGUUUUCUAUAAAGAUGCUACCUCUCCUUAGAUUGUGUUUAUGAAGACUGUCUUUGCUGGAGUGUUUAAACAAUUGCACUGUGUCU